AUGAAUAAACUAUUUCGGAGAAUAACUGCGGUAGGGACUCUUUUUAUAAAACUCGUUUUAGUAAUAGCAUCUGUAGAUGGAAUAGGUGAGUACAUAACAGUAACAAAUAAAUCAUAUAUAAAUAGUAAAACAAAAGAUGCUAGAUAUAACCUACUUGUGCCAAAUGGCACCAACUUAAUUUAA